GAAGGCAGAUCAGAGAUCAGAGAGAGAGGCGAAAACGAUGAAGCCCAAAGCUGUUGUUUUGAAACGAGCGAUGCUGCCGAUGUUGCUGCUAUGGUGUUUUGUGGCCGUCGACGGAGGGGGAGAGGAGUUCCCCGGCGUUGGUCCGCUUCUAGUGAGGAAAGAGAGCCGGAGGACGGUGGCCUCCACAGCGUCCGGGGAGAUCACGGCCGUCGACGUGCGUGAUGGCUACGGUGGCGCCUACCACCUCCAGUUCAUCACCAUGGCGCCCAGCUCGAUGUUCCUCCCCGUUCUCCUCCACACCGACAUGGUCUUCUACGUGCAGUCUGGCAGCGGAAGGGUCACAUACGUCGAAGAGGACGAGAACGAUGAGACCGAGCACAUCGAUGUGGUGCGUGGUGACAUCUACAGGUUGGAGAAAGGCAGCAUGUUCUACGUGCAGAGCCAUCCGGACCCAACGAGAGACAACCUAAGGAUUCAUGCCAUAUUUAAUGCAGUAGACACGGACAACACAAAGGAACUACCAGCUGCAGCCUACUCAAACAUCAGUGAUCUGGUCGGAGGUUUCGAGGACAAAGUACUCCAGAUGGCAUUUGGGGUUUCCGAGGAAACCAUUCUGGCCAUCAAAUGGGUUGAGAAGCCUCCGGCCAUCAUUCCUUUUCCGCAUACUUCGAAGACAGUAUCCUUUGGAGCUCUCAGAGGGAUCCGAAGUCUCACCGCCGAGGAGGAGAAACUCACAAACAAGAAGAAGACCAAGGCAUUCAAUUUCUUCGAGGCCAAACCCGAUGUGGAGAACUGCAAUGGUUGGAGCACUGCCCUGAGUCACAAGGACCUCAAAGCUCUCAAGGGCUCCAACUUCGGGGCGUUCAUGGUGAACUUGAGCAGGAGUUCGAUGAUGGGGCCUUAUUGGAACCCCAAGGCGACGGAGAUCGCCAUAGUGAUCCAAGGACGGGGAAUGGUGGAAGCCGUUUGCAUCGGCGAGCCAGCGGAGGAGACGAGGUUUAAGGCCAAGGAAGGGGAUGUCGUGGUGGUGCCGAGGCUUCACCCGGUGACCCAAAUGUCCUACAACGACGAGGGCUUCAUCUUGGUCGGAUUCAAUAACCUGGUGGGGAAGAACCGCCCGCAGUUCUUCGGGGGGAAGAGAUCGGCGCUUCGGAUCCUCGACAGGGAGGUCAUGGCCAUGGCAUUCAACGUGCCGACAGCUAUCGUUGAAGACCUUUUGUCUGCCCGAGUUGAGUCCACGAUACUUGCGUGUACCUCGUGUGCCGAGGAACUCGAGGGGAGGAUGAAGGAUCAAUCGAAGGGUGAAGAGGAACACGAAGAAGAAGAUGAUGACGACGAAGAAAGAGCAGCUUGGAAGGUUGAUGAAGAGGCGAGAAGAGAGGCGGAGAGGGAGAUGCGGAUGCUUAGAAUGCUAGUUUGAAUGUGUUCUUAUCUUCAAUGUUGUGGGAAUAAGCUUUGGCUGUAGGUGACAUUUGUGGAUCUACCAGAUGUCAAUGUAAAAGCCAGACAGUAACAAGUCCAAAGAGAGCUACAUAAAUAAGCCAAGCCAAGCCAAGUAGAAAAUGUUUCGAGUUCACAAUCUGUAAUAAAAGUUGAGUUGGUUUGGUAGAUA